AUGUCGACCACAUCCGCUUCCUUGGAGGGCGCAGUGACGCUGCAGCAGAUCAACGAGGUGCACGCAAACGUCCUCGACAACAACCCGAUCUACAAAUACCUCCUUUCGGACCUGGAGAUCAAGGCCGUCCAGCCGGGCUACAUCGAAGCCCACGUUCCCGUCUCAAAAACGCUGAUGAACAGCAAGAACAUCCUGCACGGCUCGACGUCCGCCACGAUCAUCGACUGGAUCGGCGGCAUCGUCAUCGCCUCCACCUCGCCCGACCGCUUCACGAAACGAGGCGUCAGCGUCGACAUCCACGCAACGUACGUCGGCGCCGCCAAGGAGGGCGAUACGCUCAUCAUCAAGGGCAAGAGCAACAAGGUCGGCCGGAAUCUUGCGUUUAUUGAUGUUCAGAUUCUCGGCAGGAAAUCGGGCGGAAGGGAGACCGGUGAGGACGAUAGAGUUGUGGUGACGGGAUCGCAUACGAAGUUCGUCGGAUAG